GAUUAUCACACUGCACCUAAUAGCCUAUUCUGCAUCCAGAGCCCUUCCUAUACGAUACUAUUUCAGAGCAACCCACCUUAAUUACCGACAAUGAAGAGCAAGCGCGCAAGAGAGGCUGCCGAGGUCGACGAUAAGCCUGUUGCUUCUGUUAAUUCUGAGGCCCCAGCCAAGAAGCGCAAGCGCAGCGAGGAUGAUGGGGCUGAUCUGAAGAAGGCUAAGAAGGAGAAGAGGGACAAGAAGUACAAGAAGGAAUCGCGCAAGGAGCGCAAGGAGAAGCGCAAGAACCUCCAGGACCUCCCCGAACAAGACGAUGACGAAGAGGCGGCCGAGGAUGCUCCAAUGGCUGAGGCUGAUGACAAGCCUGCGGAUGCGCCAGUAGAGGCAGACAAGUCUGCAAAGAAGGAUAAGAAGGCCAAAACCGACGAGUCGCAACAAAAGGACGACGCCAGCGUUGAUGUUGAACCCAAGGAGGAGCCAAAGAAGAGCAAGAAGGACAAGAAGAAGCAAAACAAGGCAUCCGAAACAACGACCACCAACGAUGAAUCUGCUGCUGGCCCUGAUGCAGAGGCUGCUGAUGGCAAAGGAGACCGUCACAUUGUCUUCGUCGGCAACCUGCCCUUCACCGCCACUGCCGAAACAAUCAAAGCCCACUUUGCCUCUCUCAACCCAGUGUCAGUUCGCUGCAUGAGCGAUCCCAAGGAUAGCAAGCCCUGCCGUGGCUUUGCCUUUGUCGAGUUCGAGAAGGUCUGGCAUAUGCGAACAUGUCUCGACAAGUUCCACCACUCCGAGUUCUCAGAUGGUGUCUCUUAUCCCCGCCGCAUAAAUGUCGAGUUGACUGCCGGUGGAGGUGGCAAGACAAAGCAGCGCCAGGACAAGAUCAAGGAGAAGAACCGCAAGCUCGACGAGAACCGCGCCAAGCGUAUCGAGCGCGAGAGGACGGCAAAGGAAGAGUCCAAAGGCAAGGGUGACACUCGCCAGGCUGGCGAGGAUGGCAUUCACCCAAGUCGACGUGCCCACGUCCCUGGCAACCGCUGGUAGAAACAGCUUACCAGGCCUCAAGUCAAGGGUGUGAAGCUCAAGAAGGAGUAGGUUUUUGAGGGUCUCUGAAUGUGUUUUAAUGAUUUGUAUUGGGACCGGAUACACAAAAGUUGAGUGUGCAUUUACAUGAUAGUGAGAGAUACCCAAAGCGGAUGGACCUUUGACCUCACGAUGACGAAGAGCAUGGAACAGUAGAUGAAUUAUAUUUCUAUAUCUACCACUUCGUUGACUG